CAGCGCGCGCGCGAGCGAGCGAGCGAUCAGAGCCAGAGUCGGGGCUCGAGCGAGAGGACAGGCAGCGAGAGAGGGGUUAGCGCGGGGCGGACAGACAGAGGGAUACAUAAAGGGCAGGGAGAGGGAGGGACAGACAGCGGCACAGCAGCGAGAGGGAGACAGAGAGGCAGCGGGAGCCAGCUGGGCGAGUCAGACAGACCCACGCGCCCAGAGAAGUAGCGUCUCCUCCCGAGUAGCAAAGGGGGCGAGGAGGAGGAGGAGCAGGAGGCAGAGACCAUGUCUUUCAGGAAGACCGCCACUGUACUGUAACAGCACCGCAGCUGCAGCAACAUAAACACACACGCCAAAAAAGCCCCACACCGCCCAGAAGCUGGGGGCAGAUCCAGUUUGCAGGCAAGUCUUCAUCAUGGAUCGAGGCAAGUUUGUGUGCACAGUUAGGCUUGCAAAUUACUAAUCUCACCUUGACUUUGCCUCUCAGUUCCCAACUGAGCAUGGUUACCUUGAGAACUGUGGCAUUAGCACUGUUAGAGCAUGCUCUGCUUGGGAGUUCGGGUGUGUUCUAUUUUUAAUGCUAUUUAAUGAAGAAGCUUCUCACUCUGCAAUGAAGGAUGCAUAAUGGAAGAGCAGAGCAAUGGUUGGUUAUGGAUACUGAAAAAGGAAAAUUGCAAAGGUUGAUGAUGAUCUGUAAAACUGUCUAAAGGAAGAGCAUGGAGAUUGGCAUUCUGAACUGUUAGUGGGGACAUGGGACUCAUGUUGUCAUUGAUCAUUUGUGUGGAUUUAACCAUUGAAGAGCGACAGAAGCAGCUAGAAAGACAUCGAGAAUUAAAGCUGCUUUGAAGGUCACCGAAUCUUGUUUUAAUUUCUGUCUGGGAGAAUGUCUGAGCAAGGUAAAUUGAACCAGGAGACAGCGGAGGAAGCUGCCAAAGAGCAGGAGUCUGCCAUCUCUGAUGCGACCCCAGAGAACUACAUCAUUAAUAAAACGGAAAGCUUGGAAGCAGAGGAAAAGGAGGAGAAGCUGAGUGAUGCCAAGACGGACCUCCAGAAACGAGGCGUAAACCAGAACCAGCAGAAAAAGAGAUCCAAGUCAGGAGCUAAGGGGAAACUGGUCCGGAGUCUUGCUGUGUGUGAAGAAUCAUCCCCUCGACUGGGAGCAGAAGGUCUUCAUGAUAAUCAGGAAUCAAUACAACUACAGCUUUCGAGUUUCCCCAGUCUACAAGAAGAAGAUAAAUCUAGUAAAGAUGACUCUGAGAAAGAAAAAGAGAAGGAUAAAAACAAAGAAAAAGAUAAAAACUGUGAAAAAUCCAAGAUCAGAAUGUUAUCAAAAGAUUGCAGCCAAGAAUAUACCGACUCAACAGGCAUAGAUUUACAUGAAUUUCUGGUGAACACAUUAAAGAAUAAUCCCAGGGACAGAAUGAUACUCUUAAAAAUGGAACAGGAAAUUAUAGAUUUUAUUAGUGACAACAAUAAUCACUAUAAAAAGUUCCCUCAGAUGUCGUCCUAUCAGAGGAUGUUAGUGCACAGAGUGGCAGCUUAUUUUGGAAUGGAUCACAAUGUAGAUCAAACUGGAAAAUCUGUAAUUAUCAACAAGACCAGCAAUACUAGAAUACCAGAGCAAAGGUUUUCUGAACAUUUAAAAGAUGAAAAAGGUGAAGAAUCCCAGAAGCGAUUUAUCUUGAAGCGAGAUAACUCUAGUAUUGAUAAAGAAGACAAUCAGCAAAACAGAAUUCAUCCAUUUAGAGAUGACAGACGAAGUAAAUCAAUUGAAGAGAGAGAAGAGGAGUAUCAGAGAGUGAGGGAGAGAAUAUUUGCACAAGAUCCCCACAUCAGCCUUGAAAAAUGGAUAUUCCAGGAAUUGUAUGGCCUUGUGCCAGCUUCUGCAGCAUGGAAGAUGAAUGGAGUUUUCAUUGAAUCUGUCCAUAAGGCUGUAAUGCAGAUUACACUGAUACCCUUCAAGAUACUGAAGAGUAGGCUCUUGGAAGACAACGGUAUAUGCAAUGAGACCCAUAAGAAAAGACAGCUAUUUAGGGGUAACAGAGAUAGCACAGGGAAGGCAUCUGGCAGCCGGCAAAGCAGUACAGAGAACGAAAUGAAAUGGACAGACCACCAGAGGCCAUGGAGCAGCACAGAUUCCGACAGCUCCAAUCGCAAUUUAAAGCCAGCCAUAACAAAGACAGCAAGUUUUGGUGGAAUAACUGUUCUGACAAGAGGAGAUAGCUCAUCAAGUAACAGGAGUACCGGCAAACUGUGUAAAACAGGUUCAGAGUCUUCCAGCAGCGCUGGCUCCUCAGGAUCACUGUCACGAACACAUCAGCCUCUCCAAAGUGCAUCCAUUGUCCCUGGAGUGACAGCCAGCCCUUCAGGCAAUGUUUCCUAUACAGAGAAUGGGAUGAAUGGCCAGGUAGCACCAAGCAACACCAGCUAUAUCAUACUUCCACUUGAAGCUGCAGGGAUACCACCUGGCAGUAUCCUCCUCAAUCCACACACAGGCCAACCGUUUGUAAAUCCUGAUGGUACACCUGCAAUAUACAACCCUCCCAGCGGCCAGCAGCCAAUUAGGAGCCAGCUUGUGGGACAGUCUCAGCAGCAGCCUUCAUCCCAACAGCAGCAGCAAGUGCAACAAACACAGCAACAAAUGGCAAGUCACCUUGUCACACAGCCUGUUCAGGCUUUGCAGCCAUCUUCCCAGUCAGUCCAAUAUCCAGCUGUUUCUUAUCCACCCCAGCAUCUCCUGCCAGUCUCUCCAACGCAGCAGUUUCCUGUGCGAGAUGACAUGACAACACAAUUUAGCCAGAUGAGCUUAAGUCGUCAGUCAUCAGGAGAGAACCCCGAGUCGCCUUCUGGUCCUGUCUACCCAUCACCUAUUAUACAGCCAUCUGGCCAGCAGACUGGUUAUGUCAUGGCAUCCCCAAGUCAGCAGCUUCCCCCAGGAAGUUUUACAGGUUCAGGUCCACCAGUAUCCCAACAAGUACUGCAGCCUCCCCCACCACCCCAGGGCUACGUACAGCAACCACCACCUGCUCAGAUGCCAGUGUAUUACUACCCAUCUGGUCAAUACCCUACCUCAGCAACUCAGCAGUACAGACCCAUUGCCUCAGUUCAGUACAAUGCACAGCGGAGUCAACAAAUACCCCAGACUGCACAGCAAGCAGGUUAUCAGCCUGUCUUGACUAAUCAGCAACAAGGGUUCCAAGGACUCAUGGGAAUGCAGCAACCUCCCCAAAGUCAGAACCUGAUGAAUAAUCAGCAGGGAAAUCAGGUGCAAGGCAUGAUGGUUCAGUAUCCAGCCAUGUCGUCUUAUCAGGUGCCAAUGACGCAGGGUUCUCAAGGACUGCCACAACAAUCAUAUCAACAACCAAUCAUGCUACCUAAUCAAUCAGGUCAAGGAACAAUUACAGCCACUGGAAUGCCUGUUUACUGUAAUGUCAUACCUCCCACCCCACAGAACAACUUAAGGUUGAUUGCCCCACACUGCCCCUCCAGUAACGUUCCUGUUAUCACUGCCAGCUGCAGGACAAACUGUGCAAGUAUUAACAAUACAGGGUGGCAGGUCAAGUACUGAUACUGCGGCUUAGUGUGGAUAUACAAGGAUAGCGGUGCAUUAUUUGACAAAUAACUCAUGGCCUUCAAAUGAAGAGGAGCACAACAGGAUAAUCAGUUGGGGACAUAAGUAUUGACAGUGCUCAAGCGAUUGCUGCUGGAAUUCUGUAAAAAAAAAAUUAAAUUAAAAAGAUGUUUGCUGGUUAAUGGUGCAUAUUUUGUCAUGUCUGCUAGGUAUGCCUUUAUAGCUUAGCUAGUGACAUGAAUUCAUUGAGGUAAGAUUUUUUCCUACCACUGAACACCACUGUGUAGAUUGUAAUAUCCCUGAUUCGGAUUAGUUUUGUACUUUGUGUUGAGUUUGUGAAGCUAAAAGUAUUUAAAAAAAUAUAUAAUAAAAUCACAUUGUACCAAAGCUGUAAUGGAAAUUUAAAAAAACAAAAAAAGAAUUGCUGAAUGGAAGGAAUAAUUUAUAUACAUUAUAGAGGUUUUUUUAUGGACAUAUACUGUAUUGUAGUGUUUAAUCACAAUAAAGCUAUUUGACCUCAUGGAGAAAGGUCAUGUUUCUACCA